AUGAUGAUGCCAUCGUCUUCAGCAACUCCUGCCAGCGAUGUUGCGCUUUUUGCAAGCGUGGCUUCUCAGGAAAUCUGGAGGCCGCAAGUUCCAGGCUGUUCUGGAUUGGUCACGCGACACAUCAGUCAUCGGGCCAACAACUUCAAGAGACAUCCAAAAAGGAGAAAACACAUCCACCCUUCCCCUCCGCCACCACCAAAUACUCCAUGUCCUAUUGACCUGAUUGACUUUGGGGAUCUCCAGCCUCGGAGGUCUUUCCUUGAACUCCUGUUUAAUGGGUGCAUUCUCUUUGGACUGGAGUUCAGCUAUGCCAUGGAAACAGCUUAUGUUACUCCUUUGCUGCUUCAGAUGGGGCUUCCAGACCAGUUGUAUGGGAUGGUGUGGUUCAUCAGCCCUAUACUUGGGUUCUUGCUGCAACCUUUGCUGGGGGCCUGGAGUGACAGAUGCACCUCAAGAUUCGGGAGGAGAAGACCUUUCAUUCUGGUUUUAGCAAUAGGAGCAUUGCUGGGGCUCUCACUUAUGCUGAAUGGCAGAGAUAUUGGCAGUGCUUUGUCUGACUCUGAGAAUAACCACAAAUGGGGAAUCGUUCUUACGGUCUGUGGCGUCAUCCUCAUGGACUUCAGCGCGGAUUCAGCAGACAAUCCCAGUCACGCCUACAUGAUGGAUGUUUGCAGUCCAGGAGAUCAAGACAGGGGCCUCAAUAUCCACGCUUUGCUAGCAGGUCUUGGAGGUGGCUUUGGUUAUGUUGUUGGAGGAAUACAUUGGGAUAAAACCAGUUUUGGAAAAGCUGUGGGAGGGCAUCUUCGUGUCAUCUAUGUCUUCACCUCAAUUACACUGACGAUUACUACUGUGUUGACGCUAAUUAGCAUUCCAGAAAGACCCCUGAGGUCCUUUAGCAAGAAGAAAAAGGUGAUGAAGAGUCCAAGUCUUCCUCUCCCUCCGUCCCCACCUCUCUUCUUUGAGGAAGGUGUAAAUGAAAACCUUGCUUCUCAUAACUCAGCUCACUUAUAUGCAAGUUUUGCAAGUCCAGUUUCUCCCCUCAGCCCACUCACGCCCAAAUAUGGCAGCUUUGUCAGCAGAGACAAUUCCUUGACAGGAAUUAAUGAGUUUGCAUCAUCAUUUGGGACUUCAAAUAUUGACAGUGUGCUUAUAGACUGUUUUACUGGUGGGCACAAUAGUUAUUUAGCACUUCCGUCUAGCAUGCCCAGGCAGCCUGUCAGUGUCAGCUUUCCCCGGUUGCCAGAUAGCUGUUACCACCAAGAAAACGGAAUUUUGGAGCAAGGGGAGAGCAGCAUAACUCCAGGGGCUGAUGGCGAGGCACUAAGGGUGGGCUCACUGGAUGCAAUAAAGCCACGGUCAUCAGGGAUCCUGAAAAGACCUCAGACCUUGGCUAUUCCGGACAUUGUAACAGGACAUUGUCCAGAAAGUAGCAGAAGAAGAAAUGUAACUUUCAGCCAACAGGUAGCUAAUAUCUUGCUGAAUGGUGUUAAGUACGAGAGUGAGCUGAAUGGAUCAGGUGACACCUCCGAGCAACCACUCUCCCUGAAACUUCUGCUUUCAACCAUCUGCCACAUGCCCAAGGCUCUGCGUAACCUUUGCAUCAACCACUUCCUAGGUUGGCUUUCAUUUGAGGGGAUGUUGCUGUUCUACACUGACUUCAUGGGAGAAGUAGUGUUUCAAGGGAAUCCGAAAGCUCCUCACAACACAGAUGAGUAUCAGAAAUACAACGCUGGGGUCACCAUGGGCUGCUGGGGAAUGUGCAUCUACGCAUUCAGUGCUGCCUUCUAUUCAGCGGUGCUGCCCUGUGAUGCCCUGCGGGUCAGCACGAGGACACUAUACUUCGUGGCGUACCUUGCCUUCGGGCUGGGGACCGGGCUGGCCACUCUCUCCAGAAAUGUGUAUGUGGUGCUGUCACUGUGUGCCACCUAUGGUGUUCUGUUUGCUACGCUUUGCACUCUGCCCUACUCCCUGCUGUGUGACUACUACCAGAGCCGCAAGUUCGCCGGCUCACAGGCAGAGGGCACGCGGCGUGGGAUGGGCGUGGACAUCUCCCUGCUGAGCUGCCAGUACUUCUUGGCUCAGAUCCUAGUGGCUGUCAUUAUGGGGCCUCUGACUGCAGCAGUGGGGAGCGCCAGUGGUGUCAUGUACUUUGCCUGCCUCAUGUCUUUCUUGGGCUGUCUCUUUUCCUCCCUCUGCGUCAUCUAUGAGCUGCCGCCUGGUGAGGAGCUGCUCGAGGAGCAGCAGCCGCUUGUGCCCAGUACUUGACACCUUGCCACAUGGGAAAUCAAUAAAAGCAAUAGGGCUGUCACUGUC